GAAAGGCAGAGAACUCUGGGCUGCCUGGCUGCAGAGCUGACAGAUGUGUUAAGAGUAUAUAAGAGUGGGAUUAGUGGUAGCAGGAAAUUUCUUGAUUUCAGGGCUGAUUUACUCUUCUGAGAAAACCUGAGACGCCAUGUGCCUCCUUCAGUUGCCGGUUGUUCUCCUCCUGCUCUCCGCUGCAUUAAACACGCUGAAAGCUACGCCCAUUGCAAGUGAUACCGACCAUCGUGUGGACAAGCGGAAAUGCAACACAGCCACGUGUGCAACCCAACGCCUGACCAAUUUUUUGGUUCGUUCCAGCCACAACCUUGGCGCUGCUCUUCCACCGACUAAAGUGGGAUCCAACACAUAUGGCAGGAGGAAUGCAGAGGUUGUAGACGUUGAACUCCUGCAUUACUUACCCCUUUAGAGGGCGAAGUCUUCUAGAAUUCUCCCAUUAUGCAUAUACUCAGACGAUUUCCUGUGCGUUUUAGCGGAGUCUUUUUCAUUUCUAGUAUAAAUGUGUGACAUUCGGUGUUCCAUAUUUGUUAUCAGUAACGAUAAAUUGUCACAGUAAAAUUGUAUUGAAUUUGCUACUAGUUAAGGUCCUAAAAGAGAUAGAUAAUGUCUUUAAAAAUAAAAUGUUCUUGCU